ACAUGAUAACAUUAUUUGAAAGUGUAUAUAUAUACGUGGAGAAUGAGCCUCAAACCCUUAUCUCUUUCACUCUCACUCUCAGUCUCACCCUCACCCUUUAUCUGUAAUUAAUUUAAUAAAACAUUUGACUAGAAAGAUGCCAGGAAUCGCAUUCGGACGCUUUGAUGAUUCAUUCAGCUUAGCCACCUUGAAAGCCUACGUAGCUGAGUUCAUCUCCACCUUGCUCUUUGUCUUUGCUGGAGUUGGCUCCGCCAUUGCUUACGCAAAGGUUACAUCCGAUGCUGCACUUGAUCCAUCGGGGUUGGUGGCGAUUGCAAUCUGUCACGGGCUGGCUCUGUUUGUUGCGGUGGCCAUCGGAGCCAACAUCUCCGGGGGCCACGUCAAUCCCGCGGUUACUUUUGGACUGGCUGUUGGUGGCCAGAUCACUAUUCUCACCGGCGUUUUCUACUGGAUCGCUCAGCUUGCUGGCUCCGUUGUCGCGUGCUACCUCCUCAAAGUUGUCACGGGAGGCUUGGCCGUUCCGAUCCACGGUGUGGCAGCUGGGGUGGGAGCAAUACAAGGAGUUGUGUUCGAGAUUAUAAUCACCUUUGCUCUGGUUUACACAGUUUACGCCACAGCAGCUGACCCAAAGAAGGGUGCACUAGGCACAAUUGCACCGAUUGCUAUCGGUUUCAUUGUAGGUGCCAAUAUCUUGGCAGCAGGGCCUUUCUCAGGGGGAUCGAUGAACCCGGCCAGAUCAUUUGGCCCUGCUGUGGCCAGUGGCGACUUCAGUGGUCACUGGAUCUACUGGGUCGGACCCCUCGUCGGAGGAGGAUUGGCCGGACUCAUUUACCCUAAUGUGUUCAUGCAACAGGAACACAUUCCUCUUACGAACCAGUACUGAUGAUCAUCUCAGUUCUCUCACCCCAUGGAGACUUUGUUUUCUGAAUAAGAGAAAGGAAAGGAGGUUGAUUUACUUCACUUUUCUUUCUUUUGUGAAUUUCUAAUUUAAUUCCUUUUUUCUUCUCAUUUCAGAUCUGUAAAAUCCAGAGUGUGUUGUUCUCUUUAUUUUAUGUAUGGAGUUGGAUUCAAAUUUA